GUUGAGUCACCCGAGCUGUGUCUGAAGUUAUCUGGAAUACUUGUGAGAUUACAGGGAUACAAAAUAGGCUAACACACAUCCGAAAGGGGAAAAAAUAAGAUGUCUACUGUAGUACUCCAAGUUGGACAAUGUGGGAACCAGCUGGGCCUCGAGUUGUGGAGGCUCAUAACAAAAAAGUCAAGUCAGCACAAGAGAAGAUGUCCAUUCAGUUCCUGGGACGGUAAACUAUCUGCAGUGUGUUGACUCAGAACCGAAAGUUCUCAGAGGAUGUUGCGAAUUUGUGAAAAACAAGGAAAAGGAGGAUGUGGAAGCAACUGGGCAUAUGGUUACCAUGGAGGCCAAAGUAGGGGUGAGAGUGGUUUACUCGCCAGAACAAUGGAGGCAGUGCGUAAGGAGGCAACGAGACAAGAUUACUAUGGUGGAACUGUUCUUUUGCACAGCCUGAGUGGAGGCACAGGAUCUGGGCUUGGUUCCAAGAUGUGUGAGGAGAUUUGUGAGGAGUUUCCUGUGCAUCAUAUCCUGACAGUCUCAGUAGUCCCUCAUCAGAGUGGAGAGAGCCCUCUCCAGUACUACAACACCUUACUGAGUCUGGCAUCAAUGCACAGGUGUGCUGAUGGCAUACUUCUGUUUCAUAAUGACCAUGCCUUGUCUCAUGCUGGACUUCCACGAAGGUCAGGCACUGUGAUUUUGCAGCAAAUCUCACUCUCAGCAAUGAACGGACAUGUAGCCUCAUGCAUGGCUGGUCUCAUGUUACCAGUCCAGAGCCUCACAAAACAUAGUGACCCGAGGCAACCAGGACAACACCUUUUAUCACUUCAGAUGUCCUACAGAAAUUGUGACAAGGUCAUAGGUGUGUCCAGUGGAAUCUUUUCCCAGUUAACCACUGGAAUGAUCCACAAAAUGAGAUUGGUGUCUCAUGCUCCCGCCUACUCACCGUUUGUUCCAAUCACAGCCAUAUCAUGGUUAUUAGACCAUGUGAUUAAUCGUGCCAAAGCUAUGAUUACUGCAUGAGCCUACCUGCACUGGUAUGAACGCUAUGGCACAGAGACAGAGGAAUUUCAGCGGGCGUUAAAUACACUUUCAGAUGUUUUCUAGGAGUAUAAUUCUUAGUGAUGUUCUGGACUGUCAGCUAAAAACUGGUUUGCUUUCUAAUGUGCAAAUAUCAUCACCAGAAAGUACAAGUGGUUUGCACAUCUCAGAGCUGUAGCUGUAACUGCUGGAGGAAGAUGGGACACUGCUUAUUUAACUGUUGACCAUGGAAAUAAACUGUGGAGAACAAGAUGGCAAUGGAAGUGAUGUUAUUCUUCAUGUUUAGGAAGUUUGUCACACAACUUUCUCAUUGCUUAACUUUGUCAUUGUCUAGUUCAAAAUUCACAACUUUUUAGCAUAUUGUUGUUUUUUAAUAAUUAAUUGAAAACGGGAAUGCAGUGUGCAUAUGCCAUGGCUAAUGGCUGUUCCAUUACUUUAUCAGCUUAGCUGAAGUUUAUUAUAAGACCCCUUAAAGGGUAUAUACAAGUCAGCAUAACUAUAGACUUCAAGAGCAGAACUUACUCCAAAACCAUUUGCUGCAAAUAUUUAAGAAAUAUAACAUUUUUUAUUCUGCUUUUAAAUUAGUUUUAUGUAUUUCACUAUUCAACAGAAAUUAAGUCAUUACCACUGAUGUAAUAUUUGCUUCAGACUGCUGGUUAUCAAGCUCAUUUUCUUUUAUUAAAUGUUUGUCUAAUCUUGAUAUUUGAUGUAUGUGUAGUGUAAUGUAAUAUAUAAAAAGAAAGUGAGACUGAUGAAAUCCU